ACUACAGUUUUCACUUCCGCAUAGGAACGCUCCGAAACUGUGUCUGUGGAGCACCACCCUCCUGAGGCGACAGCAGAAGUCACAGGCUACAGCUAGGAAAAGGAAUUAGUAAAAACACUCUUUGUAUUACACUAACUUACUGCAGUAUGCGUGAACCCUAAAUAAAACGUUUUAAAACUGGAGCAGACCGUGACGGGCAUAUUAAAUCAAAGUUUUUGUCACUUUUUGCAAAACAACAAUCACUUGCUGACGUGCAAACAAAGUGUCACAACACCCGCUGGCUUCUGUGUAGCAACUUCAAACAAAGACUGGUUUAAAUGUGAAACCGAUUUAACAGGACUUCCUGAAGACCGGACAGCGACGCCUCCUCUUUCACUUUCAGUUCGGACGAUCAUUGCCAUAAAACGAUGAAACGGUCUGUAAGGACGGAUAAGCAUGUGUUUGCGCUGUUUUCAUAUACUGGGGUAUUUACCACAGUUACGGAAUAUCUAGUAAAUUGAGCUUUGUAAUCGUGUUUCAAAUAACAUAUCAUGAAUGAAACGAGUGAAAUGAGUCGUUUUAGCCUGCCUUCAUAGUGGGGGACAAUGACGUUUGGGAUAUAUUUCAGUCAAUAAGUGUAAGUGUAGAGGGUUCUGAUUGUGGCUAUUGGCUUUGAGACGACGCCGAGCGCCACAAUGACUGCUCACCAUUUGAUCUUAAAGCAACGAGCCGAGCUUCUGUCGGUCCUGUGUGUUGGAGGCAGUGUUGAACCUCUGGACUGUGUUCUGGACCUGCUUCUGGCUUGGGAGGUUCUCGUCUGGGAGGAUUACCUAAGCAUACGAGUGGCGGAGAAACCUCUAUGUUUCAACGUCAGGAAACUAUUAGAUGUGGUGUAUGAUAAAGGAGAAGAUGCGUGCAGCUUUCUGUUGGCUGCGAUGAACCAGGUCUUACCUGAGGAGCAGAAGGCUGGGCUGUGUUUUGGGAAAGAAUGUGCUGGGGUGGGCAAGAACAGACCAGACACCGCAACUUUAACAUUACUGGCUGACAGGCCAGUAUUAGUGAGAAAGCUCAGAGAUAAUAUUGAUGGAGCACUGAAUGCUUUACUGACAACUGGCUGCUUCACUGUUAAAGAUUGUGAUGCAGUGCAACUACCUGUAUACACUCCCUCACAACAGGUUCGGAGGCUGUUAGACGAAGUGAGAUUUAAAGGCGAAACUGCUGCAAAGACCUUACUACAAUAUCUAGAGCAAACUGAGACAACCAGACCAAACCCUGAAGAUAAAGAAAAUCAACUUUCUGCCAAUUGUUUGCUCUACCAGAAGAAGCUGCGUAGCUCUGUUGCUGCUCAGUCCCAUUCCCUUAGCACCUAUGGUGGAACAGGACGUUUCUCCUUGGAUGACAUUUACACAGACGGACUUCUUGAAGUGAUGGAUGGCUCUGGAGAAACACUUACGCUAGGGCUGGAGGAUGUGGUGGGUCCCUUGGGGACUCUUAAUGAAGAUGCUGACACAGUUCUUGUGUCUGGGGAGGCAGGAAGUGGCAAAAGCACACUGCUUCAGCGACUGCACUUGCUCUGGGCAAGAGAAGCUUUGCUCACAAACACUUUCCUGCUGUUCCCCUUCAGUUGCCGCAAUCUGAACGCAGAGCACAGGGAGCUGUCACUGAAAGAUCUCCUCUUCCUGCACUGCUGCUGGCCUGAUCGAGGUCAGGAUGAGGUUUUCCAGUUCAUUCUAGACCAUCCCAAUUUGGUCCUUUUUACCUUUGAUGGGCUUGAUGAGUUUAAACAGGGUUUCACAGAUGAAGAACGCCACUGCUGCCCCACAAAGCAAGUGCCUAUACCUAUUUUGCUCUUCAAUAUUUUACAGGGGACGCUAAUGAAGGGAGUUACAAAGGUGGUCACUAGCAGGCCACAGGCUGUGGGCCCAUCGUUGAAGCACUAUCUCCGGAAAGAAGUGUUCCUGAAGGGGUUUUCUCCUGGAGGCAUUAACUGCUUUGUUAAGAAACAUCACAACAACCCUGCUAUGGCUAGACGUGUCAUAGAAUCCCUCCAGGCUAACACAGUGUUAUUAGGUCUUUGCCACAUCCCAGUCUUCUGCUGGAUUGUGACCAAGUGCCACCAGGAGCUUCUGGGUAGUCAAGAUGGUAUUCCUCAGACUAUCACCGAUGUCUACCUCCUGGUCUUACAGCAUUUCUUCCAGCGAAAGUCAUCUCAGCCCCAAGGAGUCCUGAGAAAGGCCUGGUUGGAGGAACAUUUGGAGACAGUGUUAAAACUUGGACAGCUGGCACUGGAAGGUCUGGAGGCCUCUUGUUAUGUGUUCUCAGGAUAUGAGCUGCAAAGAAAUAUGCUGACAGAACAGGAUGUCAGCCUGGGUUUCCUCAUUUACUGCAAUGACCUGUCUGUUACAGAUUGUAAACGCUAUGAAUUUCUGCACAUCACCUUACAAUGCUUCUUCGCUGCUCUCUAUGUCGUUCUCAGUCGUAACAGCGACCGUUCUGCCGUCUCCAGACUCUUUCAGCCCCAGAACAGGCAGUUGUCGGGUCGGUCUCAAAGAUGUCUGGGACACUGUAUUGACAGUUCUGUAGAGGAGGUGGAGUCCCCUGUGACAGAGACACCAAACCUCCAGAUUACAGCUCAGUUUGUGUCAGGACUUUUAUCCCAGCGACACCUUAAUCUCUUGCUGGAAUGCUGUCCUACUGCUUUACGGGAACGCAAGGUAAAGCAGGUAGUGAAGUCUUUGUCUAAAGGUAUGCAGAGACAUUUCAAGUCCAUUCCUCGUCCUGUUGAGGGUGAAAAGAAGAGCAUGCAUGCAAUGCCAAGUUUUGUUUGGCUAAUUAAGUGCAUCUAUGAAAUGCAAGACAACAGUAUUGCUCAAGAUUCCAUGGCUAAGUUGGAUGUUGAGCACUUGAAGCUCACCUACUGUAACAUUGGUCCUGUGGAAUGUACUGCGCUGGCAUAUGUGCUGAAGUUCCUGCGGAAUCCUGUUGGGCUCCAGUUGGAUAACAAUUCAGUGGGAGAUGUGGGAGCGGAGCAGCUUCUUCCAUGUCUACAUAUUUGUCACUCCCUUUAUUUAAGGAACAAUAACAUAUCAGAUGAAGGAAUCCGGAAAAUACUGGAAAAGGGAAUGAAGUGUGAAAGCUUCCAAAAAAUAGCGCUUUUCAACAACAACCUAACAGACGCUUGUACCCAACACUUUGCUUUGCUGUUAAAAUCAAAACAGAACUUCCUGUCUUUGAGGCUUGGAAAUAAUAACAUCACGUCACAGGGAGCAGAAGAGCUGGCAGAAGGCCUAAGCUACAACCAGUCUUUGCAGUUUCUUGGAUUAUGGGGUAAUAAAAUUGGGGAUAGGGGAGCUGAGGCCCUGGCAGCUGCGCUGAAAAAUAGCACAACACUAAUAUGGCUAAGUCUGGUGGAUAAUGGUGUGGGCAGUGCAGGUGCAUGUGCUCUGGCUAAACUCAUCAGUCAGAGCACAACUCUGGAGGAAUUGUGGCUAAACAAAAACUGCAUCAGCAGAGAGGGGGUUGAGUGUCUAAUAAAGGCACUCAAAAUGAACUCUAGUGUUAAGGAAGUCUGGCUGAGAGGAAAUGAUCUAAGCCAAGAGGAAGAGGAGGAGCUGAGCAAGCAAGAAAGCAGAUUGACUUUCUGAAAGCAAGACGGCUCUGUAAUGCCUGCCAUCAAAUCCAAAGCUCGUCAAAAAAAAAAAAAAAAACU